CCAGAGAGACAGACCCCCAACCAGGCACCUGGGAGACCACCAGGAAGGUGCAGGACACCACAGGUUCAGAGCAACACCAGAGAGACAGACCCCCAACCAGGCACCUGGGAGACCACCAGGAAGGUGCAGGACACCACAGGUUCAGAGCAACACCAGAGAGACAGACCCCCAACCAGGCACCUGGGAGACCACCAGGAAGGUGCAGGACACCACAGGUACAGAGCAAGACCAGAGAGACAGACCCCCAACCAAGACACCUGCGAGACCACCAGGAAGGUACGAGACAGCACAGGUACAGAGCAAGACCAGGGAGACAGACCCCCA